UUAUAAAUCCAUAUAACAUAAUUAAAUUAAAUACAAAAUCUUUUCAAUAGAUGGCGUUUCAUCCACUAGGCUAUUGAUUAGCAGUAGAUUAAAAUCAAAUAUUUACUGCAACGAAAGAAAAUAUGUCUACAGAUUAAUUAAUUUAUCGAAGCGAAAAUAUGAAAAAUCGCGUUUUAAUGAAGAAUAAUAAAUUACCCAAAUCAAGACGGUUUUUUUUUUAAAUUGAACACAAUCUUGACACGUAUGUCGUUAAAAUUAUGUUUUUUUUUUCGACUUGUUACAAAUCAGAGUGCAACGUUUUCUAAACACUAUACAGCGCUAAAAUCAGGUCGUAUCGUUAGGGUAAAUUGGCAGUUUUUAAAGCUGAGUAAUUCGUGUGUAUAGAAAAAAAACACGUCAAAAAUAAAACUAACAAUUAUGUCGGCUAAGUAUCGAAACUAAAUAUUAGUUAUUAAAUAUUAGUUGAAAACGAACGGUUUUGAUUUCUCGUGUCGUUUUUGUUGGGAUAUGAAAUUUUGAAAAAAUGUCCAUACUCGACAUGGCGAUAAUAAAAUAUUAAACUACAAUUCGAUAUUUUAUUACGUAGACGAGGGUAUAAGACAAUAGGUAAACGUCAAAGUGUAAUCGCAACAAUUGCUCGACCUAAAUCGCACCUUUAAUUACCGUGUCCGUAAACGAAACUAUCGACUCAAAACCGAACAAUGGAUGUGAUUAGACGUCUGCUGGUCAUCACAUUGAUAUUAGUAGUGACCAGCAGUGUGGCGAUGGGCAGGACCAACGACUCUCGGUCUCCCGGAAACACGGUGGCACGAGGAGUUGGAGUCGGCGGAUGGCAAGAAAAAGUCGACUACGAGAACUUGACAAACGCCAUUCGGGACAUAAUCGCUGCAACGACUCCGCCGUCGGACUGUACUCUGGUCGUACACGAAGGGGCCGCGGAGGACGAUUUCCCAGGCAAUACAGUCAAGUCCCUGCACGGUAAAGGCAUAACGACUACACAUUACGUUUUGUCGGUCGCCGAUGACGUUCAACCGGUUCUGGCGGACAUCAACAGGGUCAAUCGCAACGGACAUCAAAUGACCUACGUGGUUUUCUCGACGCCGAUUCUAAUGGAGUCGCUAAUUUCAACGAUUCGAAAAAAGGAUUUCACGUCCCGAAACAUAGUGUACAUGUUUUUGUGGCUGAGACGCGCCACUAGAUCGUUCCUGACGUCAAUGACGGAAUCGAUGCGCGUGUGCGUCGUCACGACACCGCGGCCCGGAUUCUACCAGAUUUACUACAAUCAGGCCAGCUCGACCGGCCGCCGAAAUCAACUGAAAAUGGUCAACUGGUGGUCGUCGGUGGACGGGCUGGUCAGGUUUCCUCUGCUGCCGUCUACCAAAAGAGUUUACAACGAUUUCCAGGGACGGCGGUUUACAGUGCCCGUGUUACACAAACCCCCGUGGACGUUCGUCGAAUACUCGAACGACAGUAGUUUUAGAGUGGAAGGCGGAAGAGACGAUAAACUCAUCAAGCUAUUGGCCGACAAGCUGAAUUUUCGUUACAACUACAUGGAUCCUCCAGACAGGACACAGGGUUCGGGAUUGGAUAGUACGGGAUCGUCCGUACAAGGAGUGUUGGGAUUGAUUUGGCUAAGGGAAGCCGAUUGGUUUGUCGGAGACUUGUCCAUAACGUACGAACGAAAUCUGGUAGUGGACUUUUCUUUUCUCACCCUAGUCGACAACGAAGCGUUUUUAACGCACGCGCCCGGCCGGUUAAACGAAGCGUUUUCUCUGGUCAGGCCUUUCCAUUGGUCGGUCUGGCCGUUGCUGGUAGUGACUGUCGUGUUGGCCGGACCAAUAUUAUAUUUGCUAAUCGUUUCGACGGUGGAAAACCGCCACGGCGACGGACGUCGAAGAUCGACUGGGUUAUUUUGGAAAUGCGCAUGGUGGUCAGUCACCGUGUUCUUACAACAAGCGGCCGUGAUACCAUCGGACAACUGUAAAAUCAGAUUCGUAGCCGGAUUGUUAAUUGUGUCAGCGACAUAUGUGAUCGGCGACAUUUAUUCGGCCAGUCUGACGUCGAUUUUAGCUAGACCGCCAAAAGAAUCUCCGAUCAACACGUUGGACGAACUGUCUAAAGCGAUGCGCGAUUCGGGAUUGCAGUUACUGGUCGAAGUUCAAAGUGCAUCUCAAGCAAUGCUCGAGAACGGCACAGGUGUAUACGAGACAUUGUCUGAACUCGUGCAGCGACAAAGAGAGUAUCUGAUCGGAUCCACCGAGAAAGGAAUGCAACUAGUAAGAGAUAACAAACAUUACGCAGUGAUAGGUGGUCGAGAAACGUUUUACUACGAUAUCAAAAGAUUUGGGGCUCAACAUUUUCAUCUGAGCGAAAAACUCAACACCAGGUACUCGGCUAUAGCUUUUCAACGCGCCUGUCCGUACAUAGAAACUUUUGACAACGUAUUGAUGAGGCUUUUCGAAAGCGGUAUUUUAUCGAAAAUUACCGAAGAAGAAUAUCAAAAACUCAACGACAAGCUCAUGUCGACUACCGCAAAAGAGAUAGCGGUGGAGCCCGUACUCGAGGGAUCGGCUGCCGACAUAUUGGAAAAAGACGACGACCGCCAUAAAAUAGCAAUGUCCAUGAAAACUUUACAAGGAGCGUUUUAUUUGUUGGCCAUUGGUUCGGUUUUAGCAGGUCUAAUACUUUUAAUUGAAGUGAGAUCAGCAAAAAACGGUUUGCCGAAGUCACGCAAUCCCACACACGUCACAUUUAAAGAGCGACCGUUGAAAGUUACGUGUAAACUAAAGUACCACAACGAUACGAUAUAGUCACAUUUGAACUUUUAUUAACGGUAUCUAUCAAACGAUAAACACAAUAGAAAUUUACUUUAUAUACUGUUCGAAUUAAACGCCGACUCGAACUAUUAGCAAACGGUUCAAAUAGAACUUUUUGAGACUCACGAGAUUUCGUUUAAACAAAUAAAGUUAUUAUAUUAAACAGUUUCUUUUUUUUUUAUUAAAGAUAUUUAUAAAAUAUUUCUUCUUUAUGUUUCGAUUUCGUGUAUUUCUUUAAACAUAAAAUUAUAACACCUACUAGAGGUUAAUUUAUUUUUACCACUUUUUUUUUCUCAUAAAAUUACACUAAAAAUGUUAACUUUAUUUGUAUUAAAAUCAUUUUACAUUAAUACACAUUA